CUUCUGCAAUCUAAGAAAUAUUCAUAUAGGGGAGGGGUUAAUUAUUUAUUAUUCGACCUCUUGGAUAAACUGCCAUUGUACUUAUAUUUGAGAGCGAUUGUCACAUAAUUUGAACUAAAAAGGGAGCGUAGCCUGAAAUCUUUGCUAUUAAUGUUAGUGACGCUGUUUCCACCUUGGUCGUAGACAACGAGCGCCAUUGCCUAUCAAUAUCUCGAUUCAACAAACUUGAAGACUCAUCUACUAGCAUCGUUCACAAUCAGAAGUAAAGAAUCACCAACCUGACAACGAUAAAUAUUAAAAUAAGGACCAACGUCAUCAGCAAACCAAUAUGGUUUGUUUGGUAUCCAUCAUGCUGAUGUCAUGGUAACCAAGUUGUGUAGUAAAACGCCGUAAAUCCUUCAUUCUUCCACUUUGGAUGUCCUUAAUCUUCUGAGCGGUUGGGUUUUCAUUUUUAGGGAUUACUCAUUAUAUAGAUUAGGCCUACAAUUCUUACUUUGCUGUUAUUAAACGCAUAAAACAUGGAAACUUUUAGAUUUGUCGUCUUUGUUCUGUUGGUAUUACCGUCUAUUAUGGCAAUGACUACACCUGACACGGCUACAGAGAUCACUUCAAUUUACCAAACAUCACUAGCAGUACAGACACAAGAUCCCGAUACUGGAACCUCAACUACUUCAGUGCAUAGAGAUGCAACCAGUGAUAUAGUAACAACAGGUUCCACAGAUGCACCAGAAAGAACAGAGACUACCAACCCGUCCGGAAAUACAAAUAAUCCAGGAACCACCCCAGACGCCCCAGGAAGUACAGAGGCAACUAACGCUCCAGGAGGGACAGAUGCCCCAGGUCAAACGGAUGUCACCAAUGCCCCACCGGGAAAAACAGAAGCAACCAACCCUCCAGGAGAGACAGAUGCUCCGGGAAAAACAGAGGCAACCAACCCUCCAGGAGAGACAGAUGCUCCGGGAAAAACAGAGGCAACCAACCCUCCAGGAGAGACAGAUGCUCCGGGAAAAACAGAAGCUACCAACCCUCCAGGAGAGACAGAUGCUCCGGGAAAAACAGAGGCAACCAACCCUCCAGGGGAGACAGAUGCUCCGGGAAAAACAGAGGCAACCAACCCUCCAGGAGAGACAGAUGCUCCGGGAAAAACAGAGGCAACCAACCCUCCAGGGGAGACAGAUGCCCCAGGUCAAACCACAAACCUACCUGAUAGUACAGAUGCCGCAGGAAAGACAGAAGUCACCGAUGGGCCAGGAAAUACGAAAACUCCUCCGCAGACGGAAGCUCCUACUUCAAAUAAAACAAUAACACCCGAACCUAUCGAGCCAGAAGAAGUUGUAUUCACCGUAAAGACAGCACUUGUAAAUUACCCGGAUGAUAAGAUUCUUACAAUCGGUGGGGGCGCUCUAAUUACCAUCACAGCUACUAUUGAAAUCAUCAAUAGUUCCUUGGAGUAUAUCGAUAUUGAUGAAACAAAGGUUAUUGUCUACCCGGGUAAUAGCGAGAUGCAAGAACUUGCAGAUGGAAUAGAGCUUAACUUUGACCGCUUCAAUCUGACCGUGGGCGAAUCGGUAUUGUUUGAAAAGUUGAAUGCUACACUUGAACUGGAUGAUGUCCUGUGUACAACAUUCACUCAUGUAUGCAUACGAGUAGAGCCAGAAACUAAUGCUAGGUGGAAGAUAUCGAGUGAAGGAAGUAUUGAUCGAAGCUGUGAUCUCAUCUCAUGUUCCGGAUCGACGAGACUUGUUGUUUCUGGGCUGUUGAUGGCGCUAUGCAUUUUUAUUUCAAGAUUAGCCGGUGAGCACCGUGCCUGAAUCUUCUAAUGGAUCGAGCUCGCAGUUCAGCAAAUUAGUUUUUUUUAUACUUUUGAUUACCAACAUUUUUUUAAAUAAAAAAAAUUAUUGAAAUAUGUGGGCAUGAUAUUGAUUGCAAUAUUUUCCUCUUAAAAGGAUUUAUUUUGAAGCAUAAAAAUGGCAGGGGAUGUUUCAGCACCAACGAUCUCUGGAAUCAAAAGUUGAACCAAACUGGUGCAUGGAGCUAAUAGCUCCAUGCUUGGUGCACACUUUUAUACGCAACUUAUUACAAAUUCGAGGUCGAAUUGAUUUCUUUUCCUUUUUUUACACAUGAGUAAUUAUUCAAAUUCCAAGAUUCGAAUGAAAUAAACGAACAAACUUUGUAUCUUUAUGAAUGAUUUACAAUUCGGGAGAAAAAUAAUUACUUUCUAAGUCUGUCUUUGUUUUAAUGAGAUGUAAUUGUGAUAUAACUUCUUGAAAUUUUCACCUGAAUUACAGACAUCCGAAGUCUAACUAAUUUAGGGAAUUUAGGACAAGAUAAAAAACAAAGAAUAGGGGCAUAGACAGAAUAUGCAACUAUACCAUUUUGUAAUCUAAAAUGCGAUUUAAAAGAAAUGUAAUUACAACCUUACAUUUAAGUACGCCGUCAUGUCAGGCAUAAGCAAUAUUUUGGUUUCUAUAAAGUUGUGUACAAUUAGGCUUCUUUAACUUUAAAACCUAAUAUUUAAUGUUCUUUAGAAUACAUAGAUCAGUAAAAUUCAGAUUUAUAUUGUGUGUUUCCAUUAAAAGAUUGAUUUGUAUAUAUAUAUGUAAAUACCGCGAUGUCUUUCAAUUCUUAAAAUUAUUUGUAUUUAUUUUGAAGGUUACAUCCGUCCUUUCCGCAGUCAGCAUAAAAAACUUUUCUCCAUACAUUUAAAUGUUUUAACCAACAUUUCAGUUUAGUUUAAAAGAGAAACACCCAAUUCGUUUUACACACAGAUUUCUUUGAUCCAGCUGUUGGUUAGUUCUUAUGUUAACCAAC